CUUUAGGAAGAGGAGAUUGUUCGCCUCGGGGUCCCCACUACUGAGAGGCAGCAGCACACAGCUUGGUCGAUAGAGUGCAGCGUUGUAAGGACGGCAUCAAAACAUUAUUGUUUUGCAACGCCUGUUUUAGGUCUCCACUACUGAGAGGCAGUAGCACACAGCUUGGUCGAUAGAGUGCAGCGUUGUAAGGACGGCAUCAAAACAUUAUUGUUUUGCAACGCCUGUUUUAUGACGAAAUUUGGAUCGAGGGCGCAACGUUCGAUCACCAUGGGGAAAGAAUCAAGGGAAGACAAACCUCAGGGGAAAGUUAAAGGCGAUCAAAAUGGAGACAUAAGUGAGAAAAAAGAAGAGAAACCAGAGAAGAUGGAGAUGGUUGGCACCUUCGAAAUAUUCCGUUUCGCCAGUAGUGUGGACAUACUGUUCAUGGUUGUUGGCACAGUUAUGGCACUUGCCAAUGGAGCUGUCCUUCCUGCCAUGGUAAUCGUGUUCGGAGACAUGACAGACAGUUUUGUGGGUGAUGCGUCGCUACCACCAAAUAUUACCCUCCCCCCCAAUUUCACAAUUCCACAACAGUCUAAUGAGACUCUAGGGGAACAGAUGACCAGGCAUGCCAUAUACUACAGCAUCAUGGGAGGUAUAGUUCUGAUAGCUGCAUACGUUCAAGUGGCUUUCUGGACAUUGGCAGCUGGACGGCAAGUGAAGAGACUGCGAAAGAAGUUCUUCCAUGCCAUCAUUCAGCAGGAGAUCGGCUGGUUUGACGUCAAUGAAACAGGCCAGCUCAACACACGCCUUGCCGAUGACAUAUACAAGAUAAACGAGGGCAUUGGUGACAAACUGGGGCUACUCAUCCAGUCUGUCUCCACCUUCCUCACUGGCUUCGUCAUCGGCUUCAUCAAAGGCUGGAAGCUCACCCUCGUCAUCCUCUCCAUCAGCCCGCUGCUCGGAAUAUCGGCAGCCAUCAUUGCAAAGGUGAUGACAUCGUUCACCUCUAAAGAACAAACAGCCUAUGCUAAGGCAGGAGCAGUAGCAGAAGAGGUGCUGUCAGCAGUCAGAACUGUCUUCGCGUUUGGUGGGCAAAAGAAAGAGAUUGACAGAUACAACAAGAACCUGGUGAGGGCAAAAGACGUGGGGAUAAAAAAGGCCAUCACUGUGAACAUUGCUGUGGGCUUCACCUACGCCAUGGUGUACAUGUCCUACGCUCUGGCCUUCUGGUACGGCAGCACGCUCAUCAUCGCGGGAGAGUACACCAUCGGAUCUGUGCUGACGGUGUUCUUUGCUGUCAUCAUCGGUGCUUUCGGCAUUGGUCAGACCUCCCCCAACAUCCAGGCCUUUGCUAGUGCUCGAGGCGCUGCACAUAAAGUGUUUGGCAUCAUCGAUAACAAACCCAACAUCGACAGCAUGUCGGAUGAGGGCUACAAGCCAGACCACAUCAAAGGAAACAUUGAGUUCAAGAACAUCCACUUCAGCUACCCCUCACGAACGGACGUCAAAGUGUUAAACAACAUGAGCCUGAAGGUCAAUAGUGGUCAGACGAUCGCGCUGGUGGGGAGCAGUGGCUGUGGAAAGAGCACCACGGUGCAGCUGCUGCAGCGCUUCUACGACCCUCAGGAAGGAUCUGUGUGUAUCGAUGGCCACGACAUCCGAUCGCUGAACGUGCGCUACCUUCGAGGGCUGAUAGGCGUGGUGAGCCAAGAGCCCGUGCUGUUUGCCACCACCAUCGCCGAGAACAUCCGCUACGGCCGAGAAGAGGUCACGCAAGCUGAGAUCGAGCAGGCCACACGAGAGGCCAACGCCUACGAUUUCAUCAUGAAACUGCCCAAUAAAUUCGAGACGCUGGUAGGAGACCGAGGCACACAGAUGAGUGGAGGACAGAAGCAGAGGAUCGCCAUCGCUCGGGCCCUGGUGCGCAAUCCCAAGAUCCUCCUGCUGGAUGAGGCAACAUCUGCCCUCGACGCUGAGAGCGAGACGAUCGUGCAGGCUGCCCUGGACAAAGUAAGGCAGGGCCGGACCACCAUCGUUGUGGCUCAUCGUCUCUCCACCAUCCGUAAUGCCGACGUGAUCGCGGGCUUCCAGAAGGGAGAGAUUGCAGAGCUGGGAACACACUCAGAGCUGAUGGAGAAGCAGGGAGUCUACCACAGCCUGGUGACCAUGCAGACGUUCAAGAGUGUGGAGAAGUCAGACGAGCAGGCAGACAUAGAGGUGAGGGACGCCAGGAGUCCCUCAGUCAACUCCCUGAGUGAGCCCUCCCUCGUCAGGCAGAAGUCAAAAGAAGGCUCCUUCAUCCACUUGGAGAAAGACCCACAGGCCAACGACAAGGAUGCCGAGGAGGAGGAGAAGGUGCCUGAGGUGACCUUCCUGCAGGUGCUGAAAUGGAAUCUUCCGGAAUGGCCCUACAUGGUGGUGGGGGUCAUCUGUGCCAUCAUCAAUGGAGCCAUGCAGCCUGCCUUCGCCAUCAUCUUCGCCAAAAUCAUCGCCGUGUUUGCCGAGCCUGACACAGCUGUCGUGAGGCAGAAGGCGGAUCUGUACUCUCUGCUGUUUGCUGCCAUUGGUGUCGUGUCCUUCAUCACCCUCUUCCUGCAGGGAUACUGCUUUGGCAAAGCUGGAGAGAUCCUCACCAUGAGACUGAGACUGAGCGCCUUCAAGGCCAUGAUGAGACAGGAUUUGGGCUGGUAUGAUGACUCGAAGAACAGCGUGGGCGCUUUGACCACCAGGCUGGCAACAGACACGGCUCAAGUCCAGGGUGCUACAGGGCUGCGAAUGGCAACGCUGGCACAGAACGUCGCCAACCUGGGCACCUCCAUCAUCAUCUCGUUUGUCUACGGCUGGCAGCUCACCCUCCUCAUCCUCACCGUGGUGCCAAUCAUGGCGGUUGCCGGGGCGAUCCAGAUGAAGAUGCUGGGUGGCCAUGCGGUUAAGGACAAGAAGGAGCUGGAGAAGGCUGGAAAGAUCGCUACUGAGGCCAUAGAUAACAUCCGCACAGUGGUGUCCCUAACGCGGGAAAAUAAGUUUGAGGCUCUCUAUCAGGAGAACCUUGUUGUCCCAUACAAGAACUCUGUGAAGAAGGCCCAUGUUUUUGGGUUCACCUUCUCCUUCUCCCAGGCCAUGAUCUACUUUGCCUACGCCGGCUGCUUCAAAUUGGGUUCCUGGCUCAUCGAGCAGGGUCAGAUGACCUUUGAGGGAGUCUUCCUGGUCAUCUCAGCUGUGAUAUACGGAGCCAUGGCAGUAGGAGAGGCAAACUCUUUCACACCCAACUAUGCUAAAGCCAAAAUGUCUGCCUCGCACAUCAAGAUGCUCGUCGAUAAGGAGCCUGCCAUCGACAACUCCUCGGAGGAAGGGGAGCAACCGGAUAACUUUGAGGGCAACGUGACUUUUGAGGACGUGCACUUCAACUACCCAUCCCGGCCGGACGUGACGGUGCUGAAGGGUCUGCGUCUGCGGGCACGUAAGGGCCAAACCAUCGCUCUGGUGGGCAGCAGUGGCUGCGGCAAGAGCACCACUAUCCAACUCCUGGAGCGCUUCUAUGACCCAAUGCACGGCACAGUGAGGUUAGACGAGAACGACUCGCGCCAGCUCAACAUCCACUGGCUGCGCGCUCAGAUGGGCAUCGUGUCCCAGGAGCCCGUCCUGUUCGACUGCAGCCUGGCCGAGAACAUCGCUUACGGCGACAACAGCCGCGUCGUCGCACAGGAGGAGAUUGAGCAAGCAGCCAAGGCUGCAAACAUACACUCCUUCAUAGAGGGGCUGCCAGAGAAGUACCAGACACAAGCAGGGGAUAAGGGAACUCAGUUGUCGGGGGGUCAAAAGCAGCGCAUUGCCAUCGCCAGGGCGAUCGUCCGCAACCCCAAACUACUGCUGCUGGAUGAGGCCACAUCUGCACUGGACACGGAGAGCGAGAAGAUAGUGCAGGAGGCGCUGGACAAGGCCCGCGAGGGUCGCACGUGCAUCGUGGUGGCCCACCGCCUCUCCACCAUCCAGAACGCCGACUGCAUUGCCGUGUUCCAGAAUGGCGUUGUCGUGGAGAAGGGCACACACCAGCAGCUGCUCGGCAAGCAGGGUGUUUACUACCAUCUGGUCACCUCCCAGAUGGGACAUAAACAGUGAUGGCUGAGAGAGAAAGGAGUAUAUGUGUGUGUCUAUGUGUCUGCGUGAGAGUGUGUGUAUGUCCUCUCCCUCAAUUGCCAUUAAUGAUACAUGCAUACCCUCACCAUGUCUAGGAUAAGUCAUUGUACAUUUAAAAACAUGUCCACAAAGAGUGUGCUGAAGGACGGAGGGGUAGAAAGCCUGGACGAGUCCACAGCCUCAGGUCUCACUCGGUAUUGAUUGCAAACCAAUGUGCUGAACCGUGACCAAAAGUGCUUACUGAGCAGUGAGGAGCCACUCUCAGAGACCUACUGAUAAAAUAGUGCCUGUGCAUAUGCCUUUAAACUUGACAUAGCUACUGUACUGAGCAGCAGGAGAGGUAGCUGGCGAUCACUCUAGUCUGCAGUACUGUACCCAAAUCAAAUGUCAUACUGCAAACCGAUUUUGGAUUAGUACAUCUACUUUUAACAUUUGGGCUUUUUUUUCUGAAUGAUUAAACUUUUCUGUGAUGUUGUGAUGACUGGCUUCACCAAAGAGAGAAAGGAGACCAAAGGAGAAUUAUUUAUUAUUCUGACAUACAGGUUACCUUGCGUGUGUGCAAACACAUACAUGUCUCUAUAAAUCUCACAAGGGCAUUAUUUCAUUAUGAUUAUUGAUUUGAUUAUUAGAUGCCUUAUUGGCAGACUUCUCUAGGACCAAAGACACAUUUAGUGCACAAAACACAUACAGAGAAAUGCUGAGGAAGAAUGCUUACAGUCUUACAUUAAUUGUGCCUCUCCAUGGAUAAUCAAUCAAUGCUGAUCCUGUCAGGCUGCACUGAUAUGCAUUUUAUAUGUUGUUUACUGUACUAUUUUAAAUAAAUGUUUUUCAUUACUUUUA